GAGACAGCAAUAACGUUCCAUACAUCUCCGAAUCAUCUCCAUAUAUGGAUGAAGCAUGUGGAGGUAGAUGUCGGAACAUAGAGGCGAUCAAUGGGUGACAUUUCUUCAUGAACGUAGGUACUAGUUAGCAGUACCUCUCCCCACUUUUAUUAUAUUGCAUUUCUGUCAAGUCGAUCAUAAUUUUUUUUUAUCACAAGCGCUUAUGAAUUUUCGUUAAUCAUCAUCCCUGUGUUUGGCCCGGCUUUUAGAAGUGCUUUUCGGGUUCAAAAGCUGAAGCAGAGCCAAACACCUAUAAAAGCUCGGCUUCCGAAAAGCGCUUUUGUAUAACAUAAAAGCAGAAGCUCCGAUUUGGAGCUUCUGCGAAAAGCUGUUUUGAAAAUACAAGAUUAUCCUUACCAUAUUUUAAUUUUAUUUCAGAACAUAUAAUUUUCCUUCAUUUAUCUCAUUUUAAAAAUAAAAUAAAUUAUAAAAUCAUUUUAUUUAAUAUAAAAGAAAUCUAACAAGAUCCAUCUUGACUACUUUUUAUUGUUUAGAAUUUUUAUUCAUAUUUUAUAUUAUAAGUCCUUUAUAGUCAUUUUACACAACCUCUUAUAUUAAAAAGCACUUCUAAUAGUUUUAUAGUCAAACACUCAACUGCUUUUUUUUUAAAUACUUAUCUAAAAACUCCAGCUAGAAGCUGCUUCUACAAAAGCUACAGCAGGGCCAAACUAAGCUAUCAAUUUUGGUUUAUGGGUCUUGUGAACAGAAUAUAUAGAAAAAUAAGGGACAAAUUACAGAACAAAGACAAGAAUAAAUUAACGAAAGCGCCAAUUUCAUGUCACUACAUAAUUAGUACUUAGCUACUACUAGCUAGCUGGCCAUGUAAUGUUGGUUGGUUGACUAAUUUUUAUAAUCAUGUUUUUAUUACAUGAAGGACAAAUUUAGUGAGUCAGUGAAUUUAAUAGAAUAAUUGAAAACACGUAUCUAAUUAGAAAAAAAGGAAAGGAAUGAAUUGAGGGAAACGACAUUGAUGUAAUUGUUUUUUUUUUAUAUCAUUGAUGCCGUUGUUUAACUGAUUUCAUAUUUAGAUCAGUGUUUGUGAAAUCUUUACGUAGCAACGGUUUAAUUGCUAAAUUUUUUUAUCAGAGUCUAAAUUACUAAGUGAUUUUUAGGGCCCGUUUAGUAUCAUUUUGUUGCUGUUGUGGUUGCAGUGGUGUUGUUUAAACAGAUGUACAACCACAACAGGAAAAGAACAGAAAACACAAACCUGUUUAGUUGAUAAAUCUGAAAAAUCAUGAAAGCUGAAAACAAGAAACAAAAACGCGUUUAGUUAAGUGAGGCUUCUAUGGAAGGGAAUCGGAGUGGCGGCGGCGGCAGGGUCGGUCGGCGGAGGCUAUGGAGUCGGAGCGAGGGGAGUCGGAGCGAGGCUUCUAUGGAGGGGAGUCGGAGUGGCGGGCGGUGGCAGGGUCGGGCGAGGCUGUUGAGCAGGGGAGGCCCCGACGGCGGCUGUGGAGCAGGGGAGGAGAGGUCGCGGCGGCGGGUCUGAGGGCGGAGGCGGCCGGUCGAGAGGCGCGGAGGCGGAGGGUCGGGAGGGCGGAGGUGGCCGGUGUGGAGUGGGGAGAAGGCGCCGGCGUGUAUGGCUGGAGGGGAGAGCGGCGCCUGUGUUUGAGACAAAAUGGAGAGGUUGGGGGCGGCUAAAGUAAGUAGGGUUUGGGGGUGGUGUUAAAAAAAUAAAAUAAAAAUUUGCUUCUGUGGGGAUUCGAAAACUGGUAUGUUUUAAUGAAAUCAAGCGACCAACCAAUAGGAAUCCCGUGUGCAACAUGUUUAAGAAUCAGAUCCAAAGCUAUAAUUUGUUGUUUCUCAUAUUUGGGCCUUGUUGUGCAACUCUGAUUCACAACAAAAAAUAAAAACCCAGCUAAACACGAUUUUUUUUCUUGGUUUUCCAAAUUUCUUAAAACACAACAGGAAACAAAAACAAGCAACAAUACUAAACGGGCCCAGCGUAUGGGUUGAACGAUACUGUUUCAGCACAAAAUGUUCUAUAAUAGUUUUUUUGAUACAAUCUUCGGUACAGUUUUACAAUUCUUGAUGCAAGAGUUGUAAGUAUUAGUUUAGUAAAGGAUUUGGAAAAAGACAUUGAUGCAUAGGCCAACCCCUUAAGUUUCUGGCGAUUGAGAGAUGAACUCCUCGAUAGCUUUAAGGCUACACAGAAUGACAUGUCCUUGACCCUUCGACGGAGGUCUCGCUUGGAGGUGUUGAUUUGUAGGGCAUUUAUCAUGAUUCUAAAAAGCGCACCUAGACACUCUUCUAAGCUUGCCUAUGCGCUAGGCAGAAAGAAAACAUCUCGCCUUAGCCAUAAUUAUGAAGAAGAAGGAGUCUCGAGCACGUUGUCGGUCAGGUGCAGCCUAGUCAACACUAAGUUGUGUCUUAAAACGAUAUCACGAUGUCUCUUUAGAGUAACUUCUUUCUUUUUUGCACUUCUUCUCUCAAUAUGUUCAGUUAUUUUGUUGUUUCUUCUUUCUUUCUCAUUCCUUCACACUAUGUUUUAUAUUUUACUAUGUGUCGUUGAUGAGGUUAAGAUAUUUUCCUGCAUUUACAUCAAAUGCUUAGACACACUUAGGUGAUGCCUAGUCAUUCUAAGCUCUAGGUAGAGCUUCAACGCCGCCCAACUAAUUUUUCUAAGGGGUCUCAUAUAUAUAAAAGCUAAUUAACUUAAAUAAUUUAAUAAUUAAUUAAUUAUUAAUAACAAAAUUUAUCCGGCCAAUUGCCGGGCACAAAGCUAGUUUAAUUAGAAAAGAGGUCGGUAGUGGUAUAAAAUCAGUAAAUUACGUGGGUAAUUAAGGAAAUUUGUGGAAUGAAGGUUUUAAUUAAAU